UCUGUGACAAAAUGUGUGAUACAAAUGUGGAGAGUUUGAUAGUACCGUUAAAUGGGGCAAUUAUCAAGACGAUCGAGGGCAAUUUGAACAAUCAAUUUGAAGUGCUGGGCAAAAUAGGAAACGGCAGUUUUGGCAAGGUGGUCAAAGUUAGGGACAAACAAACCAACACUAUAUACGCCAUCAAGAUGUUCUAUCAAGAAAUCAGUGAUAAAAAUAACGAGUCGUUUAACAAAGAGUGUCAGUGUUUGUCACAAAUCCGCAGUGAUUUUGUAGUGGAGUUCCGGAGCGCAUGGAUUGAGGGCCAGAGACUGCACAUCGAGACCGAGUUCUGCGAUCAUAAUCUGCGUGAAGUCAUAAACGCCAAAAACCGACUCUUCAGCCAAACCUCAGUGGACGACACGAGUGUUGUCUAUGUGUUAGCACUCAUUGAUUACUUCAUAGCCUAUGAGUUGUUUGAGGAGUUGACCAAAAGCCUUAACUAUUUGCACACUUUGGACACACCUAUUAUACACCGGGACCUCAAACCGGAGAAUAUACUGGUCGUGAACUCGUUGUGCGGCGCCGGGGGUUCACUGCGACGACAGUUCAUUAAGAUCUGUGACUUUGGUUACGCCAAACCACACGACUAUAGCGGACAGUCGCACACCAAAGACAAGGGAGACAUCACUUAUAUGGCGCCCGAAGUGGUCCGCAGUUCACACUAUGACCCGAAGUCCGAUAUUUAU